AUGGGAGGAGCAUCUCAGGCACCAUGUGUAGACUCACUGCUCGUCAUAGAGGCCGGUGAGACUGUUCACGACGUCCCAGAUGAAGAACCUCCAUCAGACGACGUAGCUCCACUCCACAAUCCAGACUUUCCUGACACACUGCACGUCAUGAAUGAAGAGGACCUCAUCGGCAAACCUGCCUCCGUCAUUUAUGAAGACAGUUUGAAGCAGUUGGCAAAAUUCCUGGUGCUUCCAGUGAAAAAGUGCCCUUGCACAGGUGGUUUGCAUAACCCGGUGGAGCUCCAUUUGAAACAUGCCCUGUUGGUCAUGUGGUGUGGAGAUGGAGUUCACAGCCCUAUGAUACAAAAUGGCCGCUGGAUCCGGGCGCUCCUCACUCCACGCUUUCCCGCCGGACACAACUUUCCCGGCGUAGAUCCGGUGUAA